GGCAGGUUUUAUCAUCAAUUAUUUUACCAAUAUUCCUUUUUUUUCUUCCACACAUUUGUUGUUUAAAAAUAUGUUAAUUAAAUGAAAUGGGUCUUUCUAUUGCACAGUUCUAUAGAUCCCCCUGGAGUGAAUUGUGAAACCUAUUUUAAAAAGAUCUUUUUAUUUUUUAGACAAAGUUUGCGAUGUCGGAGGAUUCGGAGGUAACAGAGUCAGUAUCGGAGGGCCCUAAUCCUCGGAGGAAUCGUCGGAGACGACCCCGGCGACAAACAAGCAGGGAACGACCGUCGACGGCCACCCUUGAUCAUCCAAAUGUUUUAGACGAAACUUUAAAGGAUAAGCUGGAUAUGACACUGACAAAGAAGAACCUUUUAGCCGCUGUUAAACUUUGCAAUGAUCAAUCUUCAUUUUCUAAAACCACAACAGCUUCAAACCUCGCCAUGCUUAGAAAACUCAGGAAGUAUAACCAGUAUAGUAGUAAUGAUGAAACCGGUUCUUCUAGCGGUUCAGCUGAGCAGAUCUACCAACCUCCAAAAGGAAGAAGUAGAACCAGGCAGAAACAGAAUAUUGAUAGACCAGUGACUUCGACGCUAGAGAAACCAUCUCACUCCGACCUAGAUAUUCCAAACAUAAGAUAUCAUUCUAAACCUCGGAAUCCUAAAGCAAGACUGAAUCAUAGAUUAAAAACAGAAGCAAGGAGAAAAAUGUUCACAAGAGAGGACAGUAUCCAAGAACCUUGCUUCUCUUGUGGAAGAAGUGAUCAGCCUGAGCGGUUUCAUACUCAUCCUGGUAUACCACCAGGCACUCAUCCAGGUACUCAUUCAGGAAGACUGAUAAAAUCUCCACUAAAAGAAGCAAAAUUGAUCAACAACAACAACACUGAGUUGUCAAGCAGUGAGAAGAGAGGAGAGAGGAAGGAUGGACGUGUCUCCAGAUCCCUCUCUCCUAGGAAAUCUGUUUCUCCGGAUAAAACCAGUGAUAGCAGUCCCCAGAGUAAGCGAAGGAACGGGAAGGAGAACACCGAGACCAGUGAAAAGAGUGACUCGGAGAAAGGACGGAAAAAGAAAACUUCUGAUGAAGGAUAUUCUUCUCCUACCAAGAGCCCUCUAAAGGGUCGCUUGGUACGGACACGAGGAGAACUAGAUCAAAAACCCGCCAAAAAAGAUUUCACCGUAGAUAUCUUCACUGUGAAGAAGGAAGUGGAAGAAGACCAAACCAAAUCAAAGCAGGAGAACCCUGAUGAGGAGAGUUCUGAGGAUAAAAGUGAUAAACUGAAACCUACUCCACCCACACCCUCACAUGGAGUCAGGUAG